GGCUGUCGGUAGAGUUAACUUACAUGAUGGCUUAAAGAAUGCUAUUGAUGAUGAAAGAUAAUCAGAUCCAUUCCAUUGCUUCAUCUCUUUGUGAUUCCGAGUUUCAUUCUGAAACCAUUUUUCUCCACUUAACUUUAUCUUCUAUGGCUGCUUUCCUUCAUAUCACUUCUCUACUAAAUACAAUACACUUCCAUUUUCUUCAACCCCUUCCGUGUUUGAUUUUUGACGAUACAGAAACCAUCAAAUCUCUGUGUGAGAAGAUUCGAUAUUUGCAAGCCUUUUUAGAGGGUUCUGAGAACAAGGCAAGGAGUGUUUUGGAGUCAGAGAUCAGAUGUGUGGCUCAAGAUGCGGAAGCCAAGAUUGAAUCCCAAUUAUAUCAACUUUAUCUGUGCUGCAACCAGGUAGAGCACCCACUUAAGCCUCCUCAGAGUCUUUAUCACACCUUGGAACAAGUAAAGGGAACGAUUGAAUCAAUUGAACAGAGGAUUAUUCAGAUUAAGAGCAAUAACAACCAUUCUGCUGAGCCCAAAAGUGGAAAAAGAAUAGAGAAUAUCAAAGCUGGAACUUUCUCCCAACGUUAUUCUGAGCCCAAGGAUGUGAUGGUAGGAUGUGACGAUGAGUUUGACACCAUAAUGCACAAGCUCAUUUCACAUUCAGAAAAACUGGAAGUCAUCUCAAUUGUGGGAAUGGGAGGGAUUGGAAAGACAACUUUGGUUAGAAGAGUCUAUAAAGAUGCCUCAGUUAUUUUUCAUUUUCAAGUUCGAGCAUGGGCUACUGUAUCUCAAGAACAUAACCUUAGAGAAAUUCUCCUUAGCCUUCUUGACACCAAUGGAGGAGAUAUCUCUGAUCUACAAAAUCAACUGCGUCAAAGGUUGAUAGAUCGAAGAUACCUAAUUGUUAUAGAUGAUAUAUGGGGUACCCAGGCAUGGGAUGACCUUCAUAGGUGUUUUCCUGAAAGUUUCAAUGGGAGUCGAAUAUUGAUAACUACACGGCUCAAACAUGUGGCUGACUAUGCUAGUUCAGGUAACAAUCCUCAUUACAUGCGCUUCUUAAAUUUCAAUGAAAGUUGGAAUUUAUUUUACAAGAAAGUAUUUGAGGAAAAAAAAGUCUCCCUUAAAUUUAAGACAAUUGGUAGAGGUAUUGUUGAAAAAUGUCAAGGAUUACCUCUAACAAUUAUUGUGGUUGGUGGGCUAUUAACUUCGUUCAACCAGCCAUCAGUAAACCAGUGGAGGAAUAUUGCUGAAAAUCUGAAUUCGUUGCUUAACAUAGAUCCAGAAGAAAAAUGUUCAAAAAUACUUUCGUUAAGUUACAACCACUUACCUCCGCAUUUGAAAGUUUGUUUUUUAUAUUUUGGUGUUUUCCCGGAAGAUAGUGAAAUUCGUGUGAAAAAUUUGAUUAGGCUAUGGGUUGCAGAGGGAUUCUUAAAGCUAGAGUUGAAUGAAACCAUGGAAGAAGUUGGUGAGGCUUACUUACAGAAUCUUGUAGACAGAGGUCUAGUUCAAAUUAUUAAGUGGAGUUUUGGCGAUAAAAUGAAGUAUUGUAGGGUUCAUGAUGUGUUGCAUAACUUUUGCUUGAGAGAAGCUCAAAGGGAGAAGCUUUUGUGUGUUGUAAAUGAGAAAAGUGUUGAGAUGGGUAGACUUGAGAAACAGCAUGCUCUUAAACGCAUUCUCAUGAGAAUAAAGAGAAACAUGUCAACAUGCUCGGUUCUAAAAGCUUGCCGUUGGAUUAGCAGUCAGUUAAUAUAUUUGGAUUUGGAAAUUACUAGAGAAAGGUAUGAUGAGACUGACACACCCCUGGAGUUUCGUUCCAUUCUAUAUUUUGGAUGGGAUAAUAUUUCCUCCAACCCAUUUCCUUGUUUUGAGGUGCUAAGGCUGUUGGACAUAUCUUCAAGAUUAAUUCGUGAGCAUCACUUACCAAGUGAAAUAGUGAAUCUUGUUAAUUUGAGAUAUUUAGCCUUAAGAACUGAUGAGUUCUUUCCAGAUUUAGAAUGGUUUAAGCUUCGAAAUUUGCAAACCUUGAUUGUUUUUACUCUCUACACCGAUGUACUGCAACCGAAACCAGAAUUUAAUAUUUCGGAUAUGCCACAAUUAAGACAUGUUUAUCUUAAUGGUUGUUUCCUCAAUCUCCCAACAUUGGUCCAAGGAAAUCUACAAGCUCUAUCUUGGUUGAAUCUACCUCUUCAAGGUCUAGACUUCAAAAAAAUUCCAAAUGUGAAGAAACUUGGGAUUUACAUUGAUUGCCACCAUGUUUUAGAGUUGCAUCCUGGUUCACUUAAUGGUCUUGCCAAUUUGCAGCAGUUGGAGAACUUGAAAAUUGCAGCAUCAUAUAAAAGAAUUAACAAUUACUUUCGGCUUUUGACAGCUUUGCCAGAAAACCUCAAAAAAUUGUCACUUUAUCAUACUUAUCUUUCACGGGAGGAUAUGGCCAUUAUUGGCACAUUGCCCAACCUUGAGAUUCUAAAAUUGAUAGGGUAUGCUUUCAGUGGCCAAGAGUGGAACACAAGGAAGAAUGAAUUUUGCAGGUUAAAGUACUUGAAAAUUGAAAGGUCAGGUCUCAAGGAUUGGAGUAGUGCUCAUUUCUCCAUUCUUGAAUGCCUAAUUUUGUCAAGGUGUAGGAAUUUAGAGGAAUUUCCUGCUAGUUUUGCUGAAAAUACCUGCUUGCGGUUAAUUUUGUUAAUCAGAUGUCGAUCUUCCCUUCUUAGUUCUGCUAAACAGAUUCAAGAAGAGCGGUUGGGCUACGGAGAUGAUACACUUUUUGUGGAGGACAACUUUUGUACUUUGAUUCAUAGAGAGGAAGAAGAAGAAGAAGAGAACGAUUAUGCUAUUCCAAACGACGCAUCCCCAUAAUUUCUGUACUAUAGAUUCAUAAUUUCU